UAUGACGUAUUUAGAGGGGAUGUACUAAUAGGCCCGAGAAAAAGUCGGUUAGGAAUACCCGAAAGUGGGAGUUGAUUAAGGAAUUAAGCUAGGGUUUGAUUUAGAAAUUCCUAAGUUUAUAAAUGGCUUUCUCUUAUUAUCCUCAUGCCCUAAGUCCCCACCGCCGACUCCUCCCCAAGCACACACGCGACGCCGCCCAAACCCCUCACCGAUCCUGUUCGCCAUCAAGACACAGCUUCCGGCGAUCCUUCUCCCUCACGCGAGCACCCUAGCCACGACUCUUCUCCCUCAUGCAAGAACCCAAGCUGCCGUCGGCUCCUUCCCUUGAGCACCGCACACACCGCCGAUCCUCUUCCCUUCCCUUCCCCUCUCGCGAUCUCCCGCAACCUAGCCGCCGAUCUCUUCUCCUCCUCACGCAAGCAACCCCAGUCGCUGAAUCUUCUCUCCAAGCCGAGCCCUAAUUGAUCCCGCAGGACGCUGAUUCGAGAUGAGCGUAUUGACGUAUGACUUUUGAUUCAAUCUUCUUUUAAGGAAUGGCAUGAAAAGGGUCGACUGCUAUGCAUCACCGUGGACAAGGUCGACCACGAAAACAACCCAUAGUAUCGAUGGGCCCUGAACCUGCCGGCCAAGAGACGGAGUUUACAGGAAACCCGAAUGAGGUUGAUUCAGGUAGCAGUGAUCGGAAUCCUCCAACCUCUACUAGGGAGCAUGAGUUACGGACGCCGGGAGUACCACCUUCUAUACCUGCUCCAGACACUACUGGUUGGGUGAUGGAUAGAGCCCGAAUACCCUUGUUGGCCAAGUCUGUGAAAGAUCGAAUUACUCUGUUCCAUGGGGGUGCUGACCCUUGGGCGGCUCGUAGCUGGUUGAAGAACUUGGAGGGCACAUUUUGGUACAUGAAGUGUACAGAUGAAGAGAAGGUGGAGUUGGCUGCGUACCAUCUUCGGGAUCAAGCCGUCACUUGGUGGGACAUGCAGAAGUCGAUCUUUGGAGAACAACGUAUCACGUGGCAGAUGUAUAGGGAGGCAUUUGAGAGACAGUAUUUCCCGGUUACAUUUUGUCUAGCUCGUCGUCAGGAGUUUCUGAACCUCAAGCAAGGUGACCAUUCUGUGAUGGAGUAUAAUGCAGAAUUCAGUAGACUGGCUGAGUUUUGUCCUCAUCUGGUGGCUCAGGAUUAUGAUCGGAUGCAUCAGUUUACUCAAGGACUUGCGGCAUACAUACGACUCAAGAUGUCAGGAUUUCCAGGUAGUUCUUAUCGGGAGGUGUUAGAUCGGGCGUUAUUCAUUGAGAUGACUCAGCAGCAAGUGAACCAGGAGAAAAGUAAUACUAAACAAGUGACACAGAAGAAGGAAAAAAGAGGCCAGAGCUCACAGGUUACCUCUGGAGGGUCCUCUCCACCUCAGAAGACAAGGCGAACCUCGGAUGGGGGUUCUCGUUCCCCUCAGCAAGAUUGGAAGAAUGAUAGUAGAGGGACCAGAUGUUUCCAGUGCGGCUCGAAAAGUCACCUCAAACCCAAUUGUCCAUUGGACCACUCGAUAUGCUUUUAUUGUAAGCUUCCGGGCCAUGAGAGUCGGGAUUGUACUCUGAAGGCUCAGUUGGAGACUACUAAAGUUACAUCUCAGGGAGAUCGACCCACCCAGCCAUGGCAGCAGAGAGGACUCCAGAGGACUCGGAGUGAUUCACGUCAACAGUGCCCGCCAAGCUCCCAAGGGCAGAUAUAUUAUAUCCAGAGCCAGGAGGACCCAGCGAUACCAGUGACCACACAGUACUCUGCCACAGAGUCUCCUCAUCAAGUAUAUUCUGUGCAUCAUGACCUUUCCCCUCCAUUUCAGCCUCACCCGACCUUUCAACCCCAGCCACAGUUUCAGUACCAACAUCAGCAGCCGGUUAUCGCACCUUCGAAUCCACCUCGUACUGUUCCAGCGAUGCCAUCACCGAGCUCAGAUGUGGGGCAUGCUUAUGUAGUUACACGGGAAAAGGCGCAGCAGGCCGAGGGAUCGGCCUUCCGAGGUAAGGUCUCAGUUUAUAUUUUUAUUGCACCCUUAUUGAUAGGUACGGGGAGAUUCUUAUCCAGUUAUAAUUAUAGUAUAAUUGAGUAGAAUCGGUAGACUACCUGUGCAUCGAACACAUGGAUUAGUAGUGUUCUUACCAUUUUUGAUCUUUGGUUGGAGUAGCGUACGAGUAUGUUGCGUGGUUGUUAUCUUUGGAUGAGGAAUCCCUAAGUUGGGUAGUAAAUUUGGGGACCAAAUUUUUUAUUAGUGAGGGAGAAUGUAAAAUAUGGAAACAAAUAAUAAAUAAAUAAUAAAGUUUAAUGGACGAAUAACCUUAACGGAAUUUUUAGAAAUUUUUGGAAAUUUUUCUGGAAUUAAUUGGAGCUCGUAUGACGUAUUUAGAGGGGAUGCACUAAUAGGCCCGAGAAAAAGUCUGUUAGGAAUACCCGGAAGUGGGAGUUGAUUAAGGAAUUGAGCUAGGGUUUGAUUUAGAAAUUCCUAAGUUUAUAAAUGGCUUUCUCUUAUUAUCCUCAUGCCCUAAGUCCCCACCGCCGACUCCUCCCCAAGCACACACGCGACGCCGCCCAAACCCCUCGCCGAUCCUGUUCGCCGUCAAGCCACAGCUUCCGGCGAUCCUUCUCCCUCACGUGAGCAAUACAAAAUAAAUUUGUACAUGUCUUCGCACGUGGCUCUGAUACCACUGUUGGGUUUUUCGGGCUGCGAAAAUCGUUUUUUCGCGUCGCGGAAACCCCGAAACUCCCUAGCCAACGGAUCCGUGCGAAGAG